AUGUAUUUGUCUGAUGUUAAAAGUGUUCCUAUAGAGGAAACUGUGAAAAAAGAAGAAAACAAUCUUAAACAAAUGUUGGUGUAUGUUCACAAAAUAAACACUGAAAGUGCUUCUUCAAUUAAGCAAAUUCUCUACUAUGCUGCCUCUAGUAUGCACAGUUUUAUAAAGAAUGAAAUUAAAAAGUUAAAAGUGAAAGGUUUAGUCAAAGAAAAUACUAGACUAUAA